AGACAGCCAAGCCCUCAAAAAAUAUUGAGCUGAAACUCAAACGAAGCACUCUCUCAUCGUUCGGAAUAGAGUAAAAUAGUUCUUCAUUCCUUCUUUCACUCAAACCAGAAAACAUGGUGAGAGCUCCUUGCUGCGAGAAAAUGGGGUUGAAGAAGGGGCCAUGGACUACUGAAGAAGACCAGAUUCUCAUCUCCUACAUCCAAAAUUACGGUCAUGGAAAUUGGCGAGCUCUGCCCAAGCAUGCUGGCUUGUUGAGAUGUGGGAAAAGCUGCAGACUCCGGUGGAUAAACUAUCUGCGGCCGGAUAUCAAGAGAGGAAACUUCACUAGAGAAGAAGAAGAUGCCAUCAUCAAUCUGCAUGAAAUGCUUGGUAACAGAUGGUCAGCAAUCGCAGCAAGAUUGCCAGGAAGAACUGAUAAUGAAAUAAAAAAUGUAUGGCAUACCCACUUGAAGAAGAGACUACUCAAACAUAAUAACACCACAUCACCAACAUGUAGCACUUCGAAUCUCACAAGCCGAUAUGCGGAGCCAGGAGAUGUGAAUUUUGAGAGUCCAACAAGUCAUGCAUCAAUGUCACCACAACCAAGUUCUAGUGAUGAUUUUUCAUCAGUCACUGAAGCCUCGGCCGCAACCGGUCAGAACAUGAUCAAAGAUGAAAAGAUCGAGUUGGAUGCAACCUUCCUCGAAAUCGAUGACAGUUUCUGGUCAGAGGCACUUUCAGCUGACAAUUCCGGAGACAACCAAUUAGAGUUUUUGGAGGGCACAAAUGAUCAAGCACAACUGCAACUUCUACUCCCUUCAAACAUUGAUGAUGGCAUGGACUUUUGGUACGACCUUUUCAUCAAAGCUGGCUAUGGGGACACACCAGAACUACCAGAGUUUUGAAUUAUUUCUUUCUUAGUUAUUUUAUUUGGCGGUUAGAGGAGUAGUUUAAACAUGGUAUCUCGAAUUGACCGUACAUUAACAUUAGUAGGCAUGGAAAUUCCGAUGUGGGACAAAAAGUUGUCACCUUGUCCAAAAGCUUGAAUUUGAAGCACUGAUGAACAAGCUAUAGAUCGAGGACAUAUAGUCUACAAAAGACUGAAAAGAAUAAAGGGAGAGACAUAAAUACUUGAGAAAAAUUUUGUAUAUGGACCUAGUUAGAUUUGAGUGAUUCAGUUGGUAAUUCUCCUCCGAUCCUGCAUUUUCUAAGCUUUCCAUCAAUCAAUCAAGUUUAUUGUUCUCUAGAUUAGUAUGGUCAUCAAGAUUAUGUAACGAUGACGAUAAAGACGAAGAAAAUGAUGUAAUUGAGUUUUAUGUUUUCUACCAAAUGCAUCAAAUCUUAUGUAAUUACGUGCACCAA